AUGGGUGAUGAUGAUGCGGAGGUUGGUCUGCCUCAGAAGGGAUUGAAUAUGAUUAUCAAGGAUGUGAUACCAGAUAUGCGUAUAGCAAAUGAGUCACGCGAAUGGUUGAACGCAUGCUGCGUGGAGUUUGUUAAACAUGUUUCACGUGAAGCACAGCGCAUCUCGGCACAUGAUCAGCGCAAAACAAUUUAUCAUGAGCAUGUGCAAAAAGGCUCCGGUAAUGACGCUGGAGCCCUUAUUUGA